AUGGCUGAGAUCCACUGCAACAGCCUCGCCAAAGAGGUGAUUGCUGAGAAAGGAAUCGAUCUGUCGCGUGUCAAGCCUGAAAUCAUAGUCGGUGACGUUUUGAAUAUUCAUGUCUCUGAGGAUGAGGAUAAAAAGGUCCUUAUGAAGAUCGACCGACACAUUCUUCCUCUUAUGGGGGUUUGUUACAUGCUUCAAUUCAUGGACAAAGUUACCCUCGGCUACUCCACUAAUUUGGGUUUAAUCAAGGACCUAGGGCUUCAUGGUAGUCAAUAUAGCUGGGCAAACUCUAUAUUUUUUUUCGGAUAUUUAGGAAUGGAAUUUGCCUUCUCUUAUCUUGCUGUUCGACUUCCACUUGGCAAAUAUUUGGCUACAACUGUGGUUAUUUGGGGAGUCAUUCUCGCGUGUCAUGCUGCAACUCAGAACUUCACUGGCCUAAUAAUCGCACGGUUCUUCCUUGGAGUGAUGGAGGCUGCUGUAGCCCCUGGAUUUUCUUUGAUUACCGGCAUGUUCUACAAGCGAAGUGAACAGCCCUCACGAAUGGCAUUUUGGUUUGCAGGCAAUGGAGCUGCCAACAUUUUCUCCGGUCUCAUCGCUUAUGGAAUAGGGAAUAUCUCUAGCCCCGUUGCAACUUGGCGUGUACUGUUCCUGAUACUAGGCUGCGUAACUGCUGCAUACGGCGUUGUGCUCCUCGUCUUCCUACCAGACUCUGUCAGCAAGGCACGCUUUCUCACUAUCGAAGAGAAAGAUAUUGUUCUACACCGUACGCUUGAGAACAAGACGGGCUUUAUGGAUGACGGGCAUUUCAAAAUCUCCCAAAUGCUUGAAGCGUUCCGAGAUCCGCAAGCCUGGCUGCUCUUUGCCUACCAAGUGGCCGUCAAUAUUCCUACCGGGGGCAUCUCAAGCUUUACCUCGAUCAUUAUUGAUGGCUUUGGCUUUUCAAUGCUCGAUUCUUUGCUCCUCCAGAUGCCCUUUGGUGUCGUUCAGCUGAUGGCACUAGCCAUAGGUGCCUGCGCGAGCCACUAUCUCAACAACAUACGAGUCACCCUGAUGCUCACCAUGGUCACGGUCUCUUUUAUUGGGAUAAUCUUGGUCAAUUUCUUGCCGAGUGCAAACUCGUACGGGAGGCUGGUUGGAAUUUGGAUGACUGCCGCCUUUUCCGCCAAUAUCCCUAUGUCUCUAAGCUUGAUCACCUCUAAUGUUGGCAGUAUGACGAAGCGUUCUACUGUAUCUAGUAUGCUGUUCAUUGCUUAUUGCACCGGGAACAUCAUUGGGCCGCAGUUCUUCUAUUCAUCGGAAGCACCAAAGUAUCCUACUGGUCUCCGAGCGACGCUUUCUGGUCUAGCUCUUGGUGUCUUCUUCCUUAUCUCACUACUCGGAUAUUACCUCUGGGAAAAUACUCGUCGCAACCAUACAUAUGGAUUCCAAACGGAGGCUUCAGAUGCGGAGAAUAUUGCCGACGAUUUUUCCAACUUGACGGAUAUGCAAAUCAAGAGCUUCCGAUAUGCAAUCUAA